CGGUCGAAGCGAACGGACAUCAGCCGCAGAGACAUAACAGCCAGUGGAUUGCUGCAGUCAUCAUCAUCCAUUAGAAAGACAGUGAAGUGUGCGAUAAAAUAAAAAACGACGAAAUUAACAUUGUGGGUGAUAGUGAAACGUCCCCCAUACGCGCAAUAAUCGCGGUUCCUGCCAAUGUAAAUCCGAAAGAGAGUGAAGAAUCACGCAAGAUUUCAUCAACAACCGCCAGGGAAAGAUCGGACGUGGCCAGUUGAAUCCCGGACAAGGAACGACGACAUUGGAAAAACAUAAUGUCACGCGUCCAGGUUCUGUACGAUUUCUCAGCGGAACCCAACUCGGCUGAACUCACCAUUACCGUGGGGGAGAUCCUCACCGUAACCAGUACCGAUGUGGGCGAAGGAUGGUGGGAAGGAACUAAUUCCCGCGGGCAACGCGGUUUGUUCCCGGCCGCCUACGUGGAAGUCAUGCCAAAUGCUCCCGCCGGACCGCCUAAAAUGCCUCCGCCGCCGCUGAUUCAGCAGGCCCCCAAGCAGCAGCAGCCUUCACAACCGGCGCAGCAGCAGCAACAACAGCAACAGCAAGGGCAUCGAUAUGACCCAACUUCGGACGACUGGGGAGAACAACAGGACGACUGGGAGGACGAUUGGGAUGACGAUAAUGAUACCUAUUCGGAAAUUGGUCCAGCCAGUGGAGGAGCAACGACACCAGCUGCGACCCCAGCCGGCCAUAAUCAGAACGGGAAUUUCCAAAGCAGUAGUUAUUAUGCUAAUGCGAACCUGCCGGCGCCACCAGCCGGGGCACAUCACAACGACGGAGACGGAAUUUCGCUGGCCUCAACGGUCGUGGGAGGGACCAGAAGAACUACCUCGUCAGGUAAAAUUUUCUCGAAAACAGGUGACGCUUAUCUGAUGGGAUUGAGCGUACCGGCCGUGUCCGAGAGCGACCGGGUGCAGAUCCUCCAGACGGAGAAUGGAAUUAUUUGGAAGCCUCUUCGCGAUGGUUACACGGUUACUGUAGAUUCACCAAAGAAAGAGAAGAAAUUCAAUGGCCUUAAAAGUUUCAUCGCUUACCAGCUGACGCCUUCGUUCAACAACAUUCCGGUGUCUCGCCGGUACAAACACUUCGAUUGGCUUCACGAGCGACUGGUGGACAAGUUCUGCCUGAUUCCAAUUCCGCCACUUCCGGACAAGCAGAUAUCCGGACGGUACGACGAGGAGUUCGUUGAACAUCGCCGCGUUCAACUGCAGGAAUUUGUCGAUUGGAUGUGCCGGCAUCCGGUGCUGUCCACGUGUGCCGUUUGGAUGCACUUCCUUACCUGCACCGACGACAAGAAGUGGAAAACUGGCAAGCGAACCGCUGAGAAGGAUCCCCUGGUGGGAACGACCUUCUGCGCAGCCAUCUUCCCACCGGAUAAAACGCUUCUCCACUCGCAGGUCGAUCCCCAAGUGGACUCGUGCAUCCUGUUCGUCCCUCAGAUGAACGCCGCCGUCAAAAGCCUGUUCCAAAUCUGCAGCGAUGAAACGAAAAAGUUCCAAGGCCAAUGGAAACAGGACUACCAGCGUCUCGGCGAAGGUCUAUCGGAACUGGCCCGAUCGCUGGAAAUCGACGAACGCCGUCAGGUCACCCAAAUCAGCCUGUCGAACUCGGUCGGCCACGCGGCCGGAAUCUUUAUCAGUAUUGGCCAGAUGUACGCCGACCAGCCCAAGCACGAUUUCAUUCCCUUUUCGGAUCGCUUGCACAUCUACCGGGGUCUUUUGAACACCUUCCCGGAUAAUUUGAACGAGUACCGAAACGCCGUUCAGAAGCGGAGAGAUUGCGAAAAGCUGACGGCCGAGCAGAAGAUGGAAAACAGCCAGCUGGCGGAAGUGAACCGAAGGGUGGACGUGAUGUCGUACGCGAUGCUGGCCGAGAUGGCUCACUUCCGUCAGGAGCGGGAUACCCACCUCAAGGACACGCUGCGGAACUUUAUCGGGGCGCAGAUCGAGUUUUACCAGAACAUCGUGCGCCGGCUGGAACAGGCGCAGUCGCAUUUCUAACUGUGAGUUGCUUCUUCGAAU